AUGGUGAGAUUUUUUUCAGAUUGUACUAGAAUUGUCCCUUCUGAUAUUUCUGCGAAAUUUUUCAGCGGAUUCCACCAAAAAAUUUGAAUUUUAAUACCUAAAAUAUUAUUUUAGUCCAAAAAAAUCGCAGUCUUUUGUUGCGGCUAAUGAUCAGAGUAAUUUUUGUGUGAAAAUUGAUUUGUAGGAAAUAAGAUCCUAAAUCAGCCAUCUGCAAGCAGAUUUAUUUAUAUUUUUUAUCAAAAUUUGAUAUUUUACAGUACUUUGCGCUGUACGUUCUAGAACUAAUAUUUUCCUUUUUUGGAUUACCUCCGGUACCCAAAUCAAAGAGCUUUCCCCUUUCUCAAGCCCGAAAGUUUCUGCGAGGCAUGCGGAUAUUCAAAAAAUGCUCAAAAAUGAGAAUUUCUGCCCAGCCCGCGUCGUUUUCUUAUCCAUUUUUCUGUCAAUCCCCGUUUAUAAUCCCCGUCCUCCGUCAGAUCGUUACCAAAUCAUUCAACGUAAAGUUACAGCUUCGGUUCGGUCCUCAUUUUCCACAACUACUCGCAAUGGACAAGACUGUCAGCUCGAACAUCGAUCCCAACAUGAGCUUGACCAAGAUGGAUGGGGUUUCUGAUGCCCCUGAUGCCUCCACCAGCAUGGGAUAUCAAUACCAUCCCAACCCACUGCUCUACCAACAAGCCAUGGCCUAUGGACAGCCCAUGUUCUAUCCGUAUGCACCUGGGUUCCCAUAUGUAAGUGUGGAUUAUAUUGUAGUAGGGAUGGAGGUGGUUUUGGGUUGAGAAACUUAAUUUGUUGAUUAUUUUUUGGGUGAUCUAGUAUACCAGAAGAUUUUAAAUGUUGUUUGAGAGGUUGUCAAAAAUUUUAGAGGGUUGCGACUUUGAUUUUUUUCGAAAAAUUGAUUUGUUUGGUUUUUGUUUUGGUGGCCUACUGUAAUGUAAUUUUUUGUGGUUUUUUGAGUUGAUCGGGUCUUCUUGUUGAUUUUGAAAGCCAGUAGAUAGCUUCUUAGAUAAUUAAGACUUAAAAAAAUGUUCAAAGGUAUAAUUUUUUUGAUGGUCUUGUAUAAUGUUAAUUUUUUUUCCAUUCCAGGAAGUCCCUCAAAGCCUAAUCAACUCCAACUUGAACAACAGUGUUUCUUCUCCCAAAUCGUCAUCUCCGACCGAUAAUUCUGAAGAAUCCAAUUCUCCACCAGCCACCAAAACCCGGAAGAUUGUUGUGAACCGUCUAACGAAGGUAUUCAAUACCGAAGAAGAGAAGAAACUGUAUGAAGAGCGUCGAGCCAAGAACAAUGCAGCAGCCAGAGAAUCGCGGAAACGUCGAGCUACCCGCGAAAGUAUGAAGGAAGCUGAGAAUGAGCAGUUGAAACAGACAAUCCUGGAGUUGCAAGGGAAAUUAGCCGAAGCCAAGGCCGAAUUAAAAGUGAUGAGGCUGAAGGUUGGAGAGAGCCUCACAUUCUGA